CAUGCUCCGCACACUGGCCCGGGCUGCGGCCCAGCAGCAGGGGGCCCUCUGGGCGCGGGGAUCUGGGAGCCAGGCGGGGAUCCCGACGCACGUGGUGGACCUGCGCAGCGACACGGUUACCAAGCCCGGGCCGGCCAUGAGGCGCGCCAUGGCCGAGGCGGUUGUGGGUGAGGACUACGACUACGGCGAGGACCCCACCGUCCGCGAGCUGCAGGCCACGGCUGUGGAGCUGCUCCGGGUGGAGCGGACCCUCUUUGUGUCCACAAACACCAUGGCCAACCUCAUCUCUGUGAUGUGUCUCUGCCAGCGCCGGGGCUCCCCGCUCCUCCUUGGGCAGGAGUGCCACCUCCACAUCCAGGAGCAGGGCAGGGUGACUCAGAUCGCUGGGGCGUACUCCCACCCCCUCCCAGACCUGCCCCGUGGCACCCUAGACCUGGCUGAGCUGGAGGGGCUGGUCGCACGGAGCCUUGGGAGCCGCUCCCACCCGGUCUGUGAGCUCAUUUGCCUGGAGGACGCCCACAGCAGCUCAGGGGGCCGGGUGCUUCCCAUCGAGUGCCUAUGCCAGGUGCACCUGCUGGUCCGGAGCUAUGGGGUCUGGGUUCACCUGGAUGGGGCCCGGCUGAUGAACGCCGCGGUGGCUCUGGGCGUGCCCCCCGCCCGCAUGGUGGAGCACUGUGAUUCUGUGUCUCUCUGUUUCUCCAAGGGCCUCGGCGCACCAGUGGGGGCCCUGGUUGGGGGACCCAAGGACUUCACUGAAGAAGCCUAGCGCCUCCGGAAAGCCCUGGGAGGGGGGAUGCGCCAGAAGUGGGUGCUGGCUGCAGCUGCCCUGGUGGGACUGACUGACGCUGAGGAAGUGCUGCUGAAGGACCACCAGAACGCACAGAGGUUUGCCAGAGGGCUCCAGGAAGUGGCAUCCCCUGUCUGCUCCGUGGAUCUCACCACCGUGGAGACGAACAUGGUGAAGGUGAGGGUGGGUGGGCGGCCACCCGAGGAGCUGUGCCAGCGCCUGCAGACCGUGAGCGCUGACGAGGCGGCCCAGGGUGGCCACGCGGUGUGCGUGCUGCUGUUCCCCUGGACUGGGUCAGUGCGAGCUGUGUGGCACCGCGACGUCUCUGCACAGGACACUGAGCUGGCGCUGGGAAAGUGGGCGUUCGUGCUGAGGGCCCUGAGGAUGGGGUGACGGACCCUGUGCCCUGGCUGGGAUGGAGGGAGGCGGGGAGUGGAGGUGUCCCCAGGGAGCGGGUGGGAGGAGAGGCAGUAAAACAACACCCCUGUCAUCCGCUGGUCUCCUUGGACCCCUUCACUUCCAUGACACAUGGGGUGAGGCCUUCUACCUGUUCCUCCAGCAAACCUCGUGUGCCCCUGUGUCCGGGACAGGGGCCCAAGCAUGCAGGGAUAGGUGGGACCGCAUGCUGGCUCUCCCAGCACAGCCUAGGAGGCAGCCACAUGGCUCAUGAGAGCAUCUUGGGGACCUGCAGGAGGAAGAAGCGUGAGAGGACACAGAAAUGGACACUGGUAUUGGGUGGCCUAGUGGGGGGCUGUGGCUUUACCUUGCAGUCAUCUAGUCCAUAUUUACCUUUUUAAACAA